AUGGUAAAACUAGAACGGUUUAGCGAAGAGAAGGCAUUGGUGCACGAGUUUGGUAAGUAUAUCCUUGAGAAGCAAGACUCGGCGUUAGCGGAUAACGCCGAUGCUGUAUUCAAUAUAGCUAUUAGUGGAGGUUCGAUGAACCAAGCUUUAUACGAAGGUUUGGUAAAUGACAAAGACAUCUUCCCGCACAUCAAAUGGCCACAGUGGAGAAUCUUUUUCUGCGACGAAAGAUUAGUCCCCUUUGAAGACCCUCAGAGCAACUAUGGACAGUUCAAAAAAAUUGUUUUGGACCCACUAGUGCACCAAGGUGACCAAUUGAACCUAGGACCCACCGUAUAUACAAUUAACGAGUCAUUAAUUGGUGGUGGUGAAACGGCAAAUAAGAAGAUCGCAGAAGAGUACGCUUCUUUGCUACCGGCAUCGUUCGACUUAAUCUUACUCGGAUGCGGCGAUGACGGACACACAUGUUCGUUGUUCCCCGGAGUAGAAUACAACUAUCUUGUCGAGGAAAUGGCCCGCAAAGUCUUAUGGUGCUAUAACUCGCCCAAGCCGCCCAAAGACAGAAUCACUUUUACGCUGGCCGUGGUUGCGGACGCCAAAAAUGUCGCCUUCCUCGUUAAGGGACCCUCCAAGAAGGCGAUCAUGCAUGACGUAUUGAUUGUAAAGAACAGCGAGCUACCUAGCGUGUUGGUCAAUGAAAUAGUGGGAGCCAAAGUCACAUGGUUUCUCGAUGAUACAGCAGGCGCAUUAAUCCCGCAGAACUGCUAG